CCAACAAGGGCUCUGGGAGGACUCAGUCCUUCAGAGUUCACCAAGGGGCUUUCCUGUGGUUACACAUUUAUUAUAACAGCCUUAGCUCAAGAACCAGAACAACCAUGAAUAGUUCAGUCUUUCCUUUAUACAGCUUGGGCCUUUGAUCUUGGCCCCUUGUACCAGGUAAUCAGCAGACAAAGGCCCAGUCUUGAGGGUGUGGUUUCAAAAGCCUGGAAUUUUUGCAUAACUGGGGAGGGAGAAUUUACAUUCACUUCCCCAUGAUCUUUCCCAGGAAAUUCACUUAUACCUAUUGUCCCAAAAGACCAUUCUUAUCUGCCACAUUGUUCAGUAUAGUCCUUUGGUCAUCUGGGGCCCAAAAUAGUACAGACCUUUUGUAUCUAAUGGAAUGGACUCCAAAGAUACUUACACUUAAUUCAGUAAGCUUUUUUGAGGAUACAGUGCACCCUCGCUAUAACGAAACCCUGGGGAUUCAAGCCAUUUGUUCAAUAUAGCCAGGGGUUUGUUGUAGUGAGAGAUUGCGGGGGGUCAGAUCCUCCAGCCCCAGGCUGGGACAGAGCUCUGAGCCCGCCCGUCGUGGGCCCAGGGCCGGAAGAUCUCUCAGCUCCCCACUGCAGCAGGCAGGGCUGGAGGUGGGAUCCAGGGAAGGGCAUUAUAGCGCGGGUCUACUGUAUUGCAGGAAAUUGCCACAUCUGUCACAGUCACGACAGACUUUGCUUCUCUGUCCCCUUCAGAACUGGAGGAACUUGUGGAAAACUGUUGUCCUAAAUCCUUAUCCCAGGUGUGGGGAGUGAGGGAGCUGGGAUGAUCUGUUUAAAAGGAUUCUGGCCUCAUCCCUCCUGAGCCACAUUUCAGGCCUCACUGAGACCAGUGUUAAUCCAGGGUCACUGCAAGGAAGAACAAGGAGUGACUUCAGAUUAACACAUGAGGGCAAAUGAGAUCCGCACUGUCCCUGGGGGGAGUGGUGUCAUUGGUGGCUGUGACCAGGGAGCUCUAGUCGUUACUGAAGGAGGGGGUAGGGGGCUGCUCUCUCCCUCUCUCUGCUCAGGAUAUUUGGGUUGAGCUUCCUGGGUCGGAAGCUGCUGCCCCCAUUGUGAUCUGCGAGCCCAGGCUGAGCAGCUGCUGCUCCUUGCCCAGGGUCUGUGCUGGGGAGUGACCUUAAUUAAAGCUUCCUCUGUGCCCCUCCAAUGUCACAACUUUCUCCAUGUGGUACUAGCUCCCUGUCGACAUCGACUCCUGAGUCGAGGGCUGCCCUGGGGAUUAGCGCCGGAUGGAGAAGGUCCUCACCGGGGCGGGGCCCAGAGGAACUCCAGGCUGCAGAAUAAAGCCCUUGUUUCGCUCCAGCUCAUCCCACCCUCCCAUGGGACAAGGAAGGGAAAUGGUUUCAGUGGAGCCAGUUCAGGGGCUGGUGACCUUCGCAGAGGUGGCUGUGUAUUUCACCAAGGAUGAGUGGGGUCUGCUGGACCCCGCUCAGAGAGCCCUCUACAGAGACAUCAUGCAGGAGAACUAUGAGAACGUGGCCUCGCUGGGGUUUCCAUUUUCCAAACCUGAUGUGAUCUCCCAGCUGGAACUAGGGAAAGAGCCAUGGGUCCCAGAUCUUCCGGGCUCAGAGGAAAAAGAGAUCCUAAGAUGUGCCUACACCGCAGGUGAUGGGCUGGUGAGGGAGAAUGAAGAGCAGAAGCCUCAGCAGGAAGAUGCUGAGCAAGUGGAACUAUCUGGGGCAUUUUUGCAAAGAUCCAAAGGGAACGUGCCCAGGAGUUCCGAGCAGGGAAAAGCCUGUGAGAGUCAGCACAGGCCAGAAAGGCAGCAGGGCAACCAACCGGGGCAGAAAGUGGGUAAAUCCAUGAAUUGUCAGGAAACUCAUGAGGACCUCAAGGAAACCACAGCCAAGCAGAGAAUCCCCACAGGAGAGAGAAACCCCAUGUGCACGGAGUGUGGGAAAACCUUCAGUAGCCGCUCAAGCCUUAUUACUCAUCAGCGGAUCCACACAGGAGAGCGACCCUAUAAAUGCUGUGAGUGUGGGAAAAACUUCACUCGGGGCUCAACGCUUAUUACACAUCAGAGAAUCCACACAGGAGAGAGACCUUAUGGAUGCUGUGAGUGCGGGAAAACCUUCAGUCAGCGGUCACAUCUUAUUACUCAUCAGAGAAUCCACACAGAGGACAGGCCCUAUGAAUGCUGUGAGUGCGCAAAAAACUUCAGCGUGAUCUCACACCUUAUUAGACAUCGGAGGAUCCACACAGGAGAGAAGCCCUAUGAAUGCUGUGAGUGCGGGAAAACCUUCAGUUACCGCUCAGGCCUCAUUACACAUCAGAGAAUCCACACAGGAGAGAGGCCCUAUGAAUGCUGUGAGUGCGGGAAAACCUUCAGUCAGAGCUCACACCUUAUUACGCAUCGGAGAAUCCAUACAGAAGACAGGCCCUAUGAGUGCUGUCAGUGCGGGAAAACCUUCACUCGACAUGCACACCUUAUUAGACAUCAGCAGAUCCACACAGGAGAGAGACCCUAUGAAUGCUGUGAAUGCAGGAAGAACUUCACUCGGAGCUCACAUCUUAUUACACAUCAGAGGAUCCACACAGGAGAAAGACCCUAUAGAUGCUCCGACUGUGGGAAAAGCUUCCAUCAGAGUUCAGCUCUUAUUUAUCAUCAGAGAAUCCACAAGGGAGAUAAAAACCAUAAAAACUUUGUCUAGGGCUGACAAAACGAUUUGUUUUAAUAUUUUUGCUGAUUCCCACAUACUGACCUUUAAGCCUAUUUGCACCAUUUGUCAUCGUGGUCUCUCGGGUCCUCCCAGCUGAAAGGCCUACUUUUGCAGGUGAAUCCUGUGGUCCUUUCGGUCAACUCCUUUGUCCUAUGACAGCACCGAAUGAUGCAGGUUUGAAUAGAUCAGAGGGGAAUGUGUUGGGAGAAUCUAUUAUUCUGAUUUUGAAUAAUAGAUGCAUGGGGAGGAGGUGACCAGCCCUCUGUGGAGAAAGAAGAGAUUUGGGACUAUUUAGAAAAGCUGGACAAGCACAAGUCCAUGGGGCCGGAUGCGUUGCAUCAGAGAGUGCUAAAGG